AUGCGAAAUGAGAUGAGGGAACAAAUGAUGGAAGCUCAGAGGAAUAUAAUGGCCGAAAUGGCUCAGUUACUGGGGGACACUGAUAAAGGAAAGGCUCCUAUGGCCAUCACUGAAGAGGAAAAUGAGGGUCCUCCUCCAAGUUUUACACCGCCGCAUGUAUCAUUGCAAACUGAGGCACCUCCUAGAAGGCCAUCUACUACUGUGAGGCCUCAGCAUGGGCCAAUUGAUGCUGGUGUCCAUGUGAAUUUCCCGGUUGGUUCAGGGCUUAAUAUGGGUGACAAUCUUACUAAUCCUCUUGUUCUCGAUCUAGAUAUGGUGGAAAAGGAGGAUUUGAAGGCCGAAGCUGCAAGGCAAUUGGAUGAACGCUGCAGAUGGUUAGAAGAAAAGUUCAAGGCUUUGGAAGAUAGUUUGAUAGGAGCGGCAGCCAGAUGGUACAAUCAGUUGAGUCGGGCUAGAAUAAGUCCAUGGAGGGAUCUUGCACAAGCCUUCAUGCAACAGUACAAUCAUGAAACAGACAUGACCCCUGACAGGAUUACCCUGCAAAACAUAGAGAAGAAACCUAAUGAGAAUUUUAGGCAAUAUGCACAGAGGUGGAGAGAGGUAGCGAUGCAGGUUCAACAACCACUGUUGGAGAAGGAGACCACUAUGUUAUUUAUUAAUACUCUGAAAGCCCCAUUUAUUACUCAUAUGAUUGGAAGCACUACUAAAAGUUUUGCGGACAUAGUUAUGGCAGGAGAGAUGAUAGAGAAUGUCAUAAGAGGGGGAAGAAUUGAGGGGGAAGUAGCCAAAAGAUCAGCCCCAAGAAGAAAAGACAACGAGGUAAACAAUACAAGUGAUUUUAAUUCAAAAGUAGUCACAGUUAGCCAGCCCAAAGUAGCCACAGUUGGGCAACAAGGCUCUCAAAAGCAGGAAUCCAACACUAGGCAUGAGAGGAUGCAAUUUACGCCUAUACCUGUGACGUAUAGGGAUCUCUAUCAAAAUCUAUAUGAUGCGCAUGCUAUAGCCCCUUUACAUUUAAAACCAUUACAACCUCCGUAUCCUAAAUGGUAUGAUGCAAAUGCCAGAUGUGAGUAUCAUGCUAGAAUAUCGGGCCACUCAAUCGAGAAUUGUACUGGAUUCAAGAAAGUCGUAGAGAGGUUGAUUAAGAAUGGGGUUUUGAAAUUUGAGAGUACCUCAAAUACUGAGAAUCCUUUGCCGAACCAUGACAAUCAGGGAGUAAAUGCCAUUGGUGAAGCCAGUGGAAAAAGGGAAAAGGAAAAUGUUGAUGAGAUAAGGAUGCCUAUGAGGGUAAUCUGGGAGGAGAUGAUGAAGAGAGGUAUGUUGACCUCUAAAAAUACGAAAGAAAGAACGUGGGACUACGGUGAGUUCCGUGAAGAUUGCGAGGAAUUCAAGGCCUUGGUACAAGGCUUCAUAGACAAUAAAGAGCUACAGGUUUAUGAAGGUAGCUCUAGUGAAAAGCAAGUAUGUGUGCUGGAAAAUGAACAGCAAAGAACUAGCAGACCAAGGAUCAUUAUCUCCCUACCAGGGAAUAAUGAAAUGGGGGCACCAACAGCGCCCAAGCUUAUUAUCCAUACACCUACUCCUUUCCCUUACAAGGAUAGCAAGAAAGUACCAUGGAGUUAUGACUGUAGCGUGACGGUGCCAGGAGAAGGAAACAUAGCCAGCGCAUCUAAAGAUGUACGAGAUAAAGGUUCCCAUACGCGGAGUGGGAAGCGUUAUGAUAUGGGGGACGUCAGAGUAGAGCCCACAAAACCCAAGAAUGUUGAAAUUAAGAAAAAGAGUGAAAUACCUGUUAACGAGCCAGUGAGGGAGGAGAAAGCUAAGGAAUUUCUAAAGUUCCUUAAGCAUAGUGAGUACAGUAUGGUCGAGCAGUUGCGUAAGCAACCAGCACGCAUAUCGGUUUUAGCCUUACUUGUAAUGGCCUAA